AUGCCGGCCACGAAGUUCAGCACGCUCGAGAAGUACAAGUACCAGAACGGUUUUGCUUCCUACCACGAAUCUGAAGCUGUUGAAGGUGCUCUUCCCAUAGGAGCAAACUCGCCUCAAAAGCCUCCCUAUGGCCUCUACGCAGAGAAGCUUUCAGGAACAGCCUUCACAGCCCCCCGCCACGAGAAUCAACAAUCAUGGCUCUACAGAAUCAUGCCCGCAGCUGCGCAUUCCCCCUUCACUGCCCGCGAGACUUCUACGUACAACACGAAUCCGGAAGGGAACAAGCUACACCAGAUUCCCAACCAGCUGCGGUGGGAUCCUUUUGACCUGGACGAGACGGUGGAUUGGGUACACAGCUUGAAGCUGGUAGCUGGAGCUGGGGAACCCACCUUGAAGUCUGGAAUAGGAAUCUUCAUAUUCGCUGCGGGCAAGAGCAUGGACAAGAACCAAGCAUUUUACUCUGCAGAUGGAGAUUUUUUGAUCGUGGCUCAACACGGAGUGCUUGAUAUCCAAACCGAGCUUGGCCGACUCCUCGUCCGCCCUAACGAAAUCUGUGUUAUUCCGCGCGGGAUUCGAUAUAGAGUCGAGCUUCCAGAAGGUCCAGUUCGUGGAUACAUACUCGAGCUAUACCAAGGCCACUUCCAGCUCCCAGAACUCGGGCCCAUCGGAUCCAACUGCCUCGCCAACGCCCGGGACUUCCAAGCUCCAGUAGCCUCCUACGACGAAGCCCCGGAAGGAACCUACACGAUCCUCUCAAAGUUCAACGGCCACCUCUUUGCUGCCACCCAGACCCACACCCCGUACGAUGUCGUGGCCUGGCACGGUCUCUACUACCCAUACAAGUACGACCUAGGCCGCUUCAGUGUCAUUGGAUCCAUCUCCCACGACCACCCUGAUCCUAGUAUCUUCACUGUGCUGACAGCACCAUCUGAUCACGUCGGUACUGCCAUCGCCGACUUCGUCAUCUUCCCCCCUCGCUGGCUCGUGGGCGAAGAUACAUUCCGUCCCCCCUGGUACCACCGCAACACCAUGUCCGAGUUCAUGGGCCUCAUCACAGGCGACUACGACGCGAAGUCCGGGAAAGGCUUCCAGCCCGCAGGUGCGAGUCUCCACAACGUGAUGAGCGCUCACGGGCCUGACGCUGGCACGCACGCGAAGGCGUCGAAUGUGGAGUUGAAGCCGCACAAGGUUGGAGAGGGAAGCAUGGCGUUUAUGUUCGAGAGCUGCUUCAUGGUCGGGGUCACGGAAUGGGGGCUCAAGACGUGUAGGAAGGUGCAGGAAGAUUACAACGAGGAGAGUUGGACGCCCUUGAAGGCGCAUUUCAAGGUGACGGAGGGGAUGAAGAGGGUUAGCAAUCGUGCCGAUGGUCAGCUUGAGGGAGUGAUUGAUAUUGCGCAGAGUGUUCAUAGGAAGGGGGUCGGGAAUGAGAUGGAGGCGACGCAGUUGCCGCAUUACACUUAG